AUAAUUAAUUAAUUAAAAGGGGGAAAAAAAAGAAGAGAAGCUCUCGCUUGGGACCAAAGAGCUCCACAAAACCCUAGCGAUUUCCCUAUCGAGACCCGCGUCCAUGGGCUUGAAUCCCUUGAAUUCUCUCCGAUCUUUGAAACCAUCGUCUCCUGAUUGCCCCACUCCAGCGCCGGUUCGUCCGAUCUCGUGCUUCCCUGACCCAGCUGCGCUCGCCUGCUGAUCCAGUUUUUAGCCCCAUGAUCUCUCGUCUUCUCUCCAGAUCGAACUCGUCGAGCUCCAGAGGGCAUCGACGAUGUGGGGAUUUCAUGGGUUUUUGGGACGUUUCUCUAGAUUGUCUUUACUUGUUAGUUUGUUGAUUUUGGUGGUGUUAUGGUAUGAUCCAUCGGAGGCAGCAUUGGUAGCUCCUGUUGUUGCUCCAUCAACUGGGUGGAGUUCUGUUCAUCCCAGAGGUUCCCCGGUUGUUUUGGAACUUCCAUUGCCAGUGAGUCUACCUCUGGUUAGAGGGAAACACCAGAAGCGCCUUUCACCAAGGGUUUCCCCUUCACCUGUGCCAGCACCGGCUCUUCCUCCUGAUUAUGGGUCAUUGACAACUGCUGGUCACCCUUCUUCUAGUUCAUCACGUUUGUCAAAACCAUCAAUGCAGAGGAAUCAAAAUUCUGCUCCUGGGACAGCCUUGGUACCUUCUCCAUCUGGGGAGCCUGCCCCCUCGGACUCUAACUCGAGUGCAGUUCCAUCUGGUUUAGCACAGCCUCCAUUUGCGCCUCAUUCUGGAUGCUGUGGGCCAAAUAUGGUACAGAGGCGGGGCAUCAAAGAUUGCCAUUGUGUAUACCCGGUAAAGGUUGAGUUGUUUCUUGGAAAUGUUUCUCUAAGUUCAAACUGGAGCAAUAAAUUUCUUGAUGAACUGGCUUCUCAACUCAACCUACUAGUUUCUCAAUUUGAGAUUGACAACUUUUACGUUGUUGGUGUCUCGGGGCUAAAUAUCACAAUGGACAUUGCACCGCAUACAGGGAUAAGUUUCUCUGCUGACCAAGUGCGUGCUAUGAACUAUUCACUUGUGAUGCAUAAGGUUCAUAUCGAUCCUGCACUAGUUGGUGACUACAAGCUUAUUAAUCUGACAUGGUUUAAGCCAUUGGCUCCUACUCCUGCUCCAACACUGGCUGCGUCACCUUCUGCUUCACCACAUUCUGUGUCAUCCUCACAUACCCCAAGCAAUAAUACUGGUGAUGAUAAACGCUCGAAUUUGGUUAUAAUUCUUGCUAUAUGUGCUGGUGGUCUAGUGGUCGUCAUAAUCUCUGCACUAAUUAUUUAUUCAUGCACAUCACGGAAGCAGAAGAAGGUUGUUACAAAAGGAACAGUUAAAACUGGGACCAUGGAUGCCACUUCAAUAGAGACCUCUCUUCCACAUCCCACAAGCACCCGGUUUCUUCCAUAUGAGGAACUUAAAGAAGCUACCAAUAAUUUUGAGUCUGCAAGCAUGCUUGGCGAGGGAGGUUUUGGUCGUGUAUUCAAGGGUGUCUUAAGUGAUGGCACGGCUGUAGCCAUCAAGAAACUUACUAGUGGAGGACACCAAGGUGAUAAAGAAUUUUUGGUGGAGGUUGAGAUGCUGAGUAGAUUGCAUCACCGCAAUCUGGUGAAACUAGUCGGCUACUACUGCAGCAGGGAAUCAUCACAGAACCUUCUAUGUUAUGAACUUAUUCCAAAUGGGAGCUUGGAGGCUUGGCUCCACGGUCCCUUGGGUGCAAACUGCCCUUUGGAUUGGGAUACCAGAAUGAAAAUUGCUUUAGAUGCUGCAAGAGGGCUGGCAUACCUUCAUGAGGAUUCGCAACCUUGUGUGAUUCACAGGGACUUUAAAGCAUCCAAUAUAUUACUCGAGAACAAUUUCCAUGCUAAAGUUUCUGAUUUCGGUCUAGCAAAGCAGGCACCUGAAGGCCGAGCAAACUAUUUAUCUACCCGUGUGAUGGGAACAUUUGGGUAUGUCGCCCCUGAAUACGCAAUGACAGGACAUCUAUUAGUUAAGAGUGAUGUAUACAGCUAUGGAGUCGUUCUUCUUGAACUAUUAACCGGAAGGAAGCCUGUAGAUAUGUCACAACCAUCUGGCCAGGAGAACCUUGUAACCUGGGCUCGGCCAAUUCUUCGAGACAAGGAUAGAUUAGAAGAGCUUGCAGACCCAAGGCUCACUGGCAAGUAUCCAAAAGAAGACUUCGUGCGCGUAUGCACGAUUGCUGCAGCUUGUGUAGCACCUGAAGCAAACCAAAGACCGACAAUGGGGGAGGUGGUGCAGUCCCUCAAGAUGGUGCAGCGCGUGACAGAGUACCAAGACACAAUGCCGACCCCAUCGGCCCGUCCUAACAUACGACAAUCGUCCACCACAUAUGAAUCUGAUACUUCGUCGAUGUUUUCAUCCGGGCCAUUUUCAGGUCUAAGCCAGUUUGACACCGAUAACAUUUCUAGGACGCAAAUAUUGUCUGAAGAUCUGCACGAAGGGCGGUGAAUGAAUCAACCCUCUGCCAUUUGGUGUUUUGUAAUUGCGAAUUGUCGUGUUCGGGGCAGCUGUGUGUUGUAUUUGCACGUUAAUGUUUGUAUAGUUUUCGAUCAUUUUAGUUUAAAGCUUGUCCCAGCUGAACACAUUAAUAUGAUUUUGAGAUAUCAGACAGAUUUAUGAUA